CAGUCAGUGUCAGUGUCAGCAACUCACUCAGCAAUUCAUUCAUUCAAGUCAAUAAUACAAAAUCGCUCCAAAUUACCGACUUAUUUUGUGGAUAAUUACUGUAAAUUACAAAUUAAACGACCUUCAUAAUGUCUGAAAAUGUGAACAUUGAUCUCUCAGGAGAAAUUAACGCUACUGUAGAAAAGAAAGGGUUACAAAAGUAUGUCAAUGAUAUGGAAUUGUUGCUACAGCAUGUCCGCAGUGGGGCUGGCCCGGCCCUGGUCAUGGGAGUACUGGCUACACGCAGACCCUGGACGCAAUUUGUGGCUACUGACAACUUUAAGGCACCACCAUCAAUACCUCGGUUAUCUCGCCGGUUUUACAGAAAUGUGGAGUACUUUCAAGCGAAUUACCUGAUGGUAUUCCUUGGAUUGUUUGCAUACUGCCUGAUAACUUCACCUCUACUGCUGAUUGCUAUGGUGGCCAGUUUUUUUGGAUAUCGAAAACUUACAUCAGGUCCAAACACAUGGAAGAUUGGUGGCUGGGAGUUGAGUAAAACUCAACAGUAUGCAGUAGGUGCAGCAUGCUCAAUGGCAUUGUGUUGGCUCGCCGGGGCUGGAGCUGUACUCUUCUGGGUUUUAGGAGCCACAGUGACGGUAGUAGCCCUGCACGCCAGCUUCUUCGACGCAGAAGCCCUCCCACAAUCCGAGGACCCGGAGCAGUUCCCAAUGAUAGAGCAGGUGUGACACGGACAUCUGCCGCUAUUCCUGCCGCCUCCUGGCCGCAUCACACAACACCUCAACGAACCUAACUGACUCGAGAAGCCAUAAUGUUAAUGUCUGUUGUGUAAUUUGUCGACACAAGAUUCUCUCAAAGGGCAUUUUGAAAUUUCUAGUGUAUGAUUGCCAUUACUAUAUAAGGGUUAUUUAUCGCUUCAAACACGAAAUUAAAUCGUGGGACUGUAGUCUCUCAAGACGCUUUGUUAAUAGUCUAUCUAAAGAGGGCCAGUUUUAUGUAGUACCUAAAUAUAUAUUGUUCUAUUUUGUGCAUCCUUGGCUUCGAGGUGCACAUCUUUCUAUCUUACGAGAGUUUAGUUGUUUCAUUAAUUUGAUUAGUUGUUUAGAUAAUUGAUGUAAAAAUAGUGUUAUGAUUUCCGUCUAAUUUAUUCAUUCAUUUCAAAUCAUUCAUAGUAAUAUGUAGUUCAUGUAAUUAAUGUUCCUCAAUAAUCAUGUAAUUUGUGUGUCUGUAAAUAUAUUCAUUUAUCUAACAUGAAUGUAAAUAAAAUCUAAGUUUCA